AUUUAGUGGAAGGUUCAAAUUUAGCCGAAAUAAUAGAUCCUAAGUCGACCUUUGAAAGCUUGAGAAAGGAGUAUAUAUCACGCAUUAAACUAAACAAGGAGCUCAACGCUGAUGAAAAGGAUUUUUGUAUCGGAUAUUUAGGGACAUCUCUGAAAGAAAAAAUCAAACAUAUUCGUCCCGAACUUAUUAACGAAAUUGAAGAAGAAAUAAAAAAUUCAUAUGGUAAAAUGAGCACACAGGAAUAUGAAUCAUUCAUUCAGAAACAUAAGGAUAAACUUAACCCUCAGGAAAUCGACUUGUGUAUUGAGCAUCAUAAAAGGCAUAAAGAAACAAUAAAUAAAAAUUAUUGUCCAAGAUGCUGCCAAAUAUGGUCUAAUGGCAAUUAUUGUACCGGUUGUUUAGCUUUACAUGUAGCAAAUAAUCAAAAUAAAUCUGGUAAUGAGUUUAUUGAUAAUCUUCUUUUUAGAUGUCGAUUAGAACAAUGCUCAAUGUUUCAAGGAAGCGUUAUUGAAUGGGUAUCUUACGAAAAUUUCGAUAACGUUGAAUGUAAAACGGAGGGUAAAUUUGGAUCUAUAUAUUUUGCGACUUGGCUUGAGGGGUGUAUUGUCGAUUGGAAUCAAGAUCAUGGAUUUAUAAGAAAUGGUCCUAAGAAAGUCGUAUUGAAAUUAUUAAAGAAUUCAAAUAAUUUGGAUAAGAAGUUUUUUGAAGAGGCAAUGACUCACGUUCAAUUUUCAUCCCAAGGCUCACGCGGAGUUCAAUGCUACGGGUUGACAAAAUUUCCUGAAACAAGAGAACUUAUGUUAAUUAUGGAUCGCAUGGAGAAUGGGUGUCUUGGAGUCUUGUUAGAACAUAAUGAUGUCUUAUUAACAUGGAAGGAAAUAUUCUUUUUACUUAAAGAAAUAUUUUAUCAACUAAGUCAAAUUCAUGACAACGGAAUGAUACACAAAGAUCUUCAUCCAGGUAAUAUUUUAUCUGGCACUAAAGGAUGGUUUAUUGGUGACUUUGGAUUUAGUGGGCCUGCCAACAAAAACCCAGAUGAUCAAAUAUUUGGAAUUAUGCCUUAUAUCGCACCAGAAGUGUUAUAUUAUAGAAAACAUUCACCAGAAUCAGACAUAUAUAGCAUGGGAAUAAUAAUGUGGCAACUUGUAGCAAGGCGUAGACCAUUUAGUGAUCGUAAAUACGAUAUUCAUCUUGCCAGAGCCAUUUGUGAUGGGCUUCGACCACCAGAGAUUACAAAUAUUCCUGAUGACUACCAAGGAAUAAUGAAAAGGUGUUGGGAUGCAGGUCCUUCAACAAGACCAAAAGCACAAGAAAUGUUUCAUUAUUUUGACAAAAUACUCCAAAAAAUGUCUUGUGGCGAAUAUAUGAUUCCCGAAAUGAAAAUUGAUUUUAAUAGUUUAUAUACUCAUGGUUCCGAUAGGGCCACUAGUACUAUUCUUACGGUUGAUAAUUUGCCUAUACCUAAAAAUAAGGUUCAAUACAAAGAAACAACAGAUGGAUUAUUAUUAGAAAUGCCAUAUUCACAAAGAGUUGAUGAUUUGAAAACUUCACAAAUCGAGAAUGAAGAAGAACUCUCGGAGUUUGUUUUAAGAAGUCGUGCAAAAAUUUAUUGGGAAUUAAGUGAUAAUUUACAAGAUCCUUAUACUUCAAA